AUGAAUAUUCCUUCUCGUGUCAGAGUUAGAUAUAACUGUGAAGUUCUUUAUCCACUAAGCACAAUUAUCCCUACUGAUCCCAAUAAUUAUCCCAUUAAUCCUCCUAAUGAUGAUGAUCAAUACAUCAACAUCACAGCUGCUAAAUCAGUAUGGAACUGGCAAAUGUUGGAUCCUACACGAGUUGAAAGCUCAACCCUUGUUAAUACAUAUUCCACAACACAUGAUUUCUUCAACAUCUCAAAAAACUCCAUAGAUCAAAUUGCAAACCUUAUUCCUUCUCAUUUUGGUAUCCCUUCAUUCUCCGGCAGAUGCAUGGCAAGAAAGAUCUUGGAUUCUGCAAGAAACAUGCUUAAUAAUACCCAUAAAGACCAGAAGAUCUUGUUCAUGGCUGUGCUUAUUGAAGUUGUUAAAACUUGGUGUUAUCAUUCUGAUCCUACCACUGGUGAUUCUUAUCAUCAGGCUGCGGAGGCAUCUUUGGAAGCCCUGGCGAAUCAAAGUCUUAUGGCAGUGCCUGCAACUAAAUCAUUUAUUGAGGAAUUGGAAACUGUGAAGGUUGAAGAAGAAGAAGAAAAGUUAAUAAGUAACUGUGCGAUUUGUUUGGAAGAUUUCAAAGUUGGAUUCUUAGAAGUUACUCGUUUGCCUUGCUCGCAUUUAUUUCAUAAAGCUUGCAUUGUUGAAUGGCUGCAGAACGAUGGUAUCUGUCCUUUGUGUCGUUUUCGAAUGCCUAUUGAAUGA